CACAAGUCCAUUACAUAAUUCGACAAUCACGGAAAUUGGGAUCAUUAAUAGUGAUGCUGGGACUAUCAAUACUGGAACUAUAAAUACCGAACUUUCAACUAGGAUGUCAUUCACCAGACCGACCUGUAUUCCAAAAGAUGACGAAGAAGGAGAAAUUCACUCUAUGAUACUUUCCCAAUUCACAUUUAUUAACACGAUUGUUGGUGGAAAAAGCACCGAUUGGAUUGACGGUUUCUUAAGUUCAUUAGAUGAAAGUAUCGUUGAACAGAUGCGUAUUGAUAUAGGAAGGGAAAAAUGA